AUGACUCACAGCAAGAAGGUUCUGGACUGUUGGACGUUUCUUCCAUCUAAAUCCUCCAUCACAGGUGUCUCUCCUCUGGUUAUCCGUGUUCUGGCACUUGCGCUGGUGUUGUGGGGGACCUGUGUGGAGAGCUGGGGGCCGGAGAGUACGUGUGACCAGGUCGCUGUCGCCACCAUCAGACAGCGUGAUCCACAGAGUCCUGCUGAUCAACUGCUGCGUAAUGGAGCGCGCGGUGUGAAGAGAGAGAGGUCCAGGCUCGUCUUUACAACUGGACUGAGCCUUUUCCAAACCAGGAAAAGAAAAUCCAGAGACUCAGUCAACUCUGACUUUGAGUCCAAAACGUCCUGCUCCAAAAAAUCUACACUCGGAGGAGAAACACUGAACAGGACUAAGAGGAGGAAGCUCCAAGAAGAAGACUGCACUCCUUCCAUCGCUCACAGCUUGGGUUGUGAACUCAGCGUGAGUAGAAAUACCAAAAAAAGAAAAUCCACCGACGAGGGGUUCAAACCUGAGCCCAAAAAACCUCGUUGUGAGGAAUCCGCCAAAGUGAGUGACUUUGCGCUGACAUACGAGGAGCAUGAGCAGCUCGGAGAGGGAGGAUUUGGGUCGGUGUUUGCCGGCGUCCGGAUCUCAGACCAACAGUCGGUGGCCAUUAAACACAUGAAGAGGGACAACGUGGAAUUUUCUCUGGUGAGCAUUGAAAAUGAAGUGUUGACCGUCCCCUCUGAGGCCGUCCUGAUGAACAAAGCUGCUCCGGAUCGGCACUCGGUCGGACUGAACCCCUCGGUGACUCUUCUCGACUGGUACCUCCAGGAUGAAGGCCAGGAGGUGGUUCUGGUGAUGGAGAGACCCACCCCAUCCCAAGACCUGUUUGACUACCAUCAGGAGAAUGGCCCCCUGACAGAAGCUCACGCAAAGGAGCUGAUCCGUCAGGUGGUGAACGCGCUGGUGGACCUUGACUCAAAACAGAUUUUCCAUAGAGACAUUAAUAUGAAAAAUCUCCUGGUUCAGGCGACAGAGUCUGGCCCAAGGAUCAGGGUCAUAGACUUUGGCUGUGGCUGCGGCGCCCAAUCAGAGCCCUUCUACAGUUUCAAAGGAACACCAGAAUACGCACCUCCUGAGGCCUAUGGGACUGAAGGAUACCGCGCUGCUCCUACCUCAGUGUGGCAGACGGGGGCGCUACUCCACGAACUGCUGCGCUCUAAGAGUGACAAAGGGUUCACCACAAAAGAUUUCAUGAAGGGUUUUCCAUACAUUUCCUUCUUGAGUCUGAGUGGUGUGUCCCAAGGUACGAGCAGAGAAACACACACAUUAUUUAGAUAUGAUUUAGUGUUCAUGUCAUUAGAUAAAACAUUCAAGAUGUCGGACCUUCAUUUGAGAAGAUAG